AUUCUAACGUUGUCUUCAUUCGCUUGGCAACAAAGGUUUAUUUGUGUACUGUUUUCAUGCGUGCUUUUGUUUUGAAAUUUAAUAACCUUCGAUUUGUUUUUUCAGUUAAUUAGAAUUGUUUGGGAGAUAUGAAAAAUUUUAGUGUUACGUAAAAUCUAUUUUGGGAAAAAAAAUUCUUCAAUCGAUUGCAAGAAGAUUAAAAAACGCGUGACUUUGUUGAUGAAAUCAUUUGAUCCAAAUAUGUCAGUAAUUUCCCGUAAUUUUAUAUUUUAAACUCAUUUCGAAUUUCUUAAGCUGGAUUUAUUUGAGAAAAUAAAAAUGUUGUCUCCGUGGCCAUUACAUCGAGGUACUUCUCCUGUUGAUUGGUGUGAAGGAAAUUAUUUAGUAUCACCAGUUAUUGCUGAAUUUGUAAACACGAUGAGCAAUGUACUGUUUAUUGUGUUUCCGCCAUUGUUAACUGGACUUUUUAGAGAAUAUGCCUUAUAUGUCAAUCGUGGUGUGUAUUUGAUAUGGGCAUUGCUUUUGACCAUUGGAUUAACAUCAGCCUAUUUUCAUGCUACACUGAGUCUUGUUGGGCAGUUGUUGGAUGAAGUUGCUAUACUUUGGUUGCUCCUUGCUGCAUUUGCUAUGUGGUUACCUAAACGUUAUUUUAUGUUUGGAAUCAAAGACAGAAAAACUUUCCAGCUUUACAUGGCUAUUGUAUGUUGUGCAGCUACAUUAUUGACAUGCAUUCAUCCUGUGUUAAAUGCUUUUGCUUUGAUGGGUCUUGGUGUUCCUGCGACUGCUUUAUUGGUUAUUGAGAUUCGGAGAUGUAAUAAUCCCAGAGUUGUCAAACUAGGAUAUCGAUGUGCUUUACUUUGGUUGGCUGCAUUGGUGUGUUGGAUAAACGACCGUUUGUUUUGUGAAGUUUGGUCCAAGUUAAAUUUCCCAUAUUUGCAUGGUGCCUGGCACAUACUGAUUGCUAUUACGUCUUACAGUGCUUGUGUGUUGUUUGCAUAUUUUGAUGCUUGGGAUACAGUACCAGAGCAGUUACCAGCAAUGAAAUUUUGGCCAUCAGAUAGAUUUGAGCUGGGAGUCCCGUACAUAAUCCUGCGCAGAGUACACAAAGACCACCAAAAGAUCUGAUUGAACAUUGUUUCCUAACCCUUAGUCUUCCACUAUCCUUAUGUAUUAUAAUAUUUAUUUCAAUACCAGCCUCAAUUUUAGUAUUACAUAAAAAGACUGUAUAGCAUUUAAUGAUUCAAUUCUGUGAGAGCUUGACUGUUAGUGUUAGGUAGAAAUCUCAAGAUAUGUUAUCAUCUGGUAUGGUACAGAUAAAUCAAUAAGCUGACUGGUGCAGCUGUGUAUUUUUAUUCCCAUUUGCUACCUGACUGUGAAUAAAAUAUAUUUAUAUGUGGCUUUCA